AUGAAGGGACGUCCGGUGGAACAGCUCGUCUUCGAGUACAUGUUUCCAAAGCCACGACAGCCCGAUCUCCAGAAUUUCCACGCCCUCCUCCAACGUAACCUAAUCCCCGAGGUCCGGCUAGAGGUGCAGUCGUUCUACGGCCACCUCGAUACGGCUGAGGCAAAAUAUCCCGGCCUUGACUACUGCCGUCCCAUCCACCGGAUCCGUCUGAGCCGUUGGCCGUGGCACCGCCGCCUGUUUCGGGCGUUUGACGCCCUCCGUCUGACACCAAACGAGAUCGCCGGUCUCACCAAGUGGGAAGGAACGAAAUGGGCCAAGGAGCGAUAUGAACGCGAGCAGAAUAUCGUCAUUGUAGAGAUGUCCGACGACGAAAUCUCGGACUGGGUUGAGCCUGAGGAUCGGUCUGACCGACUGGUACAACGCUCGGGAACUCGCGGGAUCGAGGGACAAGACGAACCUGCCGAUGGGAAUGAGGGUGACGAGAGCGAUGAGGAGCUCGAGAGUGUCGGCGUCGACUUAAACGAGCGGCUUAGGGAGAGGGUGGCCCUUCGGAACGUUUCGGGAGACACGUCUAUGCCGUUGGACGAGGAGUGGGAGCAAUGGCUCAAACAGGCCAUAGAGACUGGCGAGCUCCCCCUUAUGGCAGACCAGAUUUCGCGCUCUUUAUACGAGCAGGACACGAUGACGCCGGACAACGUCUUCACCGCCCGAAUGUUCACUGCUGCCAGAACCGGUAACUGGCACGAGAUCCCGGAUUCUUUACAUGACAUAUUUCGACAUGGCUUGGAGGGCGAGAGGCAGAGCAGCGAGGAAGCACAGCAAUCAGCAGCCCCAGCCAACUCAUCCUCGCGGACUGCAAGCGACCCUCCGGCGCCUUCGACCUCUGUGCGUGGUAGGCUCAUCGCUCCAAACUUUAACACCCAAGACCAGCGCCCCACCUACUCAUCUCUUCGCCUCCCCGUCGACGAUGGUGGGACGGUGAUGAUGUCGGAUAUCCGCGUGCAACGGACGGCUCGGCCCAACGCUUAG